UUUCAAUAUGGCGGCCUGAAAACGUCAAAAUAAACAUUAUUUUUCAUCAAAUUUACGCUAAAAUGACCCAUUAUGAAACUAAAAAGAUCCUUAAAUACAUCAAGAAAGGUUCUGUAUCUAAACUAAGAAGUUUUCUAAGGAAGAACGACGUUAAUUUGAACGAAAUACGUGAUUCUGAAAACAGAGGAGUGCUGCAUUUAUCCUGCUAUUUGGGCGAAUGUAAAAUGUCGAGAUUUUUACUUCGUUACGGAGUUGACCCUUGCCUCACGGAUUGCGAAGGGAAUACCCCUAUACACAUAGCCUUAAAAUACGCCUUAGAAUUCAACAAUCAAUCCGUGUUUUUGAAUUUGAUUUUGCCCUUGAAGAAAAGGUCAAAACGUGUAAUGAAUUUAGCAAAUAAACUUGGGGAAACGCCAGGGGUACUGUAUGACAAAUUGAAAACAGAGUUGAGGAAUGAAUUAUCAGAUAAGGAGGAAUUAUUGGAAAGGGGGAAAAAUGGGAAGAGAGAAAGAGAGACAAAUGAAUUUGAAGAGGAAAAUAAUUUUGAAGCUGAAUGUGCCGAAAGGCUGGAACGACAAGAAUGGUUUGAAAAAUUAGCUUUUGAGGAGUCCUGUGAAGAUUUUUAUUUCAAGGUUGAUCACGACUCAUUAUUGGAUGAACAAGGUGAAACUUAUGACCAUUGGGCGGAAAGGAUUAGGCGUGAACAUAGCACAAAAUAUCAAAAGGUUACAGUGACUCGGAGUUCAACUACUGAAGCGAAAAAGCAAGAGCAUUUGAAAAUGAAUGAAACGUUAACCAAAAAGCUUGCAAAAGAGCAUGAGGAAUAUAUAAAUAACGUUAAACUAAAGCAAACUAAACGAAGAAAGGAAAAAUAUGAAGAGAACUGUCAAAAUGUGUUUGAGUGUAGCAACACCGACCGGCUAACCUUCGAAUCAAUUCCUUGGCCAUGUGCAGGGAGUGCUGCCGAUAUCGUGGACAAGCUAUCCGAGUGGGCGGGCGUAGAUAAGAUUGGUUAUUUGAAAGUACAAAGAGUAAGGUGGCACCCUGAUAGGUUUGCUCAGAGAUGUCGGCAUCGGAUAGAGAAUGCUGAGAGAGAACGGAUUAUGGAUCUCGUUAAGCAGGUCUCACAGGGAAUAAAUGUGAUGAUUAGUUCGUUGUAAUAUAUUGUAAAAUAUAAUUACAUGUAAAGAUAAAUAAAGUGAAUUUCUUGCAGUGUAUAAUAGCGUUACUUUACUGACUUGUUUAGACUAGAUAGAUUGACUAUAUCACAGUUCCACUGGUUCUAAACUGUUCUUCCUGGUUGCUUUAUGCAAUAAAAUGUCUGUGAUCACAGUAACUACAGUAGGAUUUCUGCAUCAGGUGUUAAUUAAACACUCAGUCAGUUCCCUUAAACCUUUCUUGCAAAUCCUUCAAAACUUAGAUGCAAACCUAGCUAGAUGCAAAAUUUCUACUGCGAUCACAGAAAUGUUGAUAACGUUAAGGCCCUGUCACACUAUUGCGUAUGAGAGAAACGUAUGAGAAGCGUAUGGAAAUUAAGAGGCAAUUUUUUUCAAUGUCACGUACUUGCAAUGAUAAGUGUUCAAAACCUUUUUGGCGUUCCUCUCAAAAUUACUUUGUUUUAGGUUUAUCUCUAGUUUAUAGAGUUAGCCACCUUUUUAAAUGUACCAUUUUUAAAUGAGAAACAUAAAAUAAUAGUUAAAAAUUGUCAAUUAAAAUACAAUUAUCAAUGUUGCUUUAAAAUUGACGCCAUAUUUACAGCCAUAUAAGCAAAACUUACUGAACUUCAGACAUCAUUCCCUCUUUGGCGUAUCAUCUAAAUCUCUUCAUUUUAGCAU